AUGGGUGAGACUCGAGUUUUGUCAAUUCCUGGCGGAGGUGGCCAGUACAUUUUGGCGCUUACGUCUUUACACGCUUUCGUGGGAGAGGGCGUCGAUGUUGCCAUUGUUGAAACCCACCACGGCGGCGAGUUUGAUGCAACGAAUGUCAUUCCAACGCCGGUGAUCACCGUCAUCACACCAAUCGGAAUAGAUCAUGUUGCCCAGCUUGGCCCGACUGUCGAGAAUAUUGCCUGGCACAAGGCCGGCAUAUUCAAGCCAGGCUCCUCUGCCUACUCUUCUCCACAGACUCCAGAAGUGGCAAGCGUGCUGGCGGAUCGAGCAAAGGAGAAGAAGAUUAACCCGCCAAAGUUUGUAGAAAUCGACAAUAAGCUUCACAGAAGUAUAUCCUUGCCCGAUGUGCAGUGGAGGAACUGCUCUCUAGCCAGAGAAGUGUGCGACGCAUUCCUCAAAGUCAAGGAGCCAGGAAGUCAUGUUCUGCACGCGGAUGAUAUCCUAUGUGGGCUUCAUCAGUUCCGUUGGCCCGGUCGAUUCGAAGUAGUCCGCCAUGGUGAGAAUAUUUGGUUCCUGGACGGGGCACAUAAUGAACUCAGUGUUGGAGAGGCGGCGAAGUGGUUUUCGUCAUCAAGCAUUUCUGAAAGCGAUAUCCCUGUGACGAGGGUCCUCGUCUUCUCUCAAAUUUCAACGCAACGAGAUGGAUUUGGCGUGCUGCAAGCCCUAGCUCGAUCUAUCACUGUGCCUUUAGAUACUGUCAUCAUAACUUCCUAUGAGACUGCUAGGAAUACUCAAGAUGCAUUCUACGAAGAUAAAAUGAAGCAGUAUGCUCAAGAUUGGAAAUGCGUUCGUUCAAAUGACAAGGUCGAGCUGAGAAGAACUGUCGACGAGGCUGUCGAUCUAGCAAAGACUGUCGGUCAGCCUGGGAGGCACAUCCUGGUCACGGGAAGCUUGUAUCUAGUCAGUGAGGCGAUUCGCACUCUGCAAUAA